CAUUGGUCGCUCGCCCAGCUGUGUUCUGUUGUUACUGAGAGUUUAAAAAUCAUUUGUUGUUCAAACAGUAUUUAAAAUACAUUUGUUUUUGACAAGUGAUCAUGGACGACAGGACGAAGGUUCAUAAAAAAAGAUGGAGAGACGGCGAUAAAACGAAUUUUUAUAAGAAAAGAAAGAAAGAAGCGAAGCAAACCGUCACACAUGAUAAACCGCCUCCAGACAACUCGAAUCGUAGCCCAAGUAAUCUCGAUGUGGGUAGAAACAAGAAUAUCCCAUACUACGGAUGGCGGUUAUUUUUUCCUGAUACAGAAUAUAAAACCAAUUGUGCCAUUGUGAAACAAAUUAAAGCUAUAGAGGGAUUUGUGGAGAGGAAUCAUUCGUUGUCUUCAUUGUUCACAAUGACAAAUUUGGAGGCUGGAAGGUCCUUCGACAUUGACAUCUGUGAAUUAUGUAAUGACAAUGAAUUUGUACAGCAAUGGCCAGAUUUUAAGGAUGAAAUACACGAGAAUCCAAUAACCACGUUAAAUUGUAUGAAACUUGUUAUUUAUCAGAAAAUUCUGGAGACAGUGUCGGAAGAAAAUUUGCAGUAUGUUUUGAAAUCUAUCAGCAGUUUGCCCACAAUCAAAUUGGGCAUAUUGAAUUAUCAACCAGUUGUAUGUCUGCGAGAUCUCAAGCUAAAUUGUUAUGAAAAGAUGAUAGCCACUAGAGGCUGUGUAAUAAGAGUUGGCAGAAUAAAACAUCUCGCGCAAUGGAUGGUGUUUGCUUGUUCGAAGUGCCAUUUGCAAAAACUGAAACAUUCCCAGGGAAUAUAUAAGGUGCCGAAAAAAUGCGAUGUCUGUGGCGUGUCAAAGUUUUAUCCGGUUUUGGAUUCAUCUUGUGUGAAGAGCAUCAUGUUUCAAGUGAUCAGAAUACAAGAGCCAUUAAAUGACGAGCAGGAGAACAAAGGCAAAGUGCCCAAAGUCCUUGAUGUGGAACUUACGGACGAUUUAGUUAACAUUUGUAUGCCCGGAGACGAUGUAACGCUCACUGGUAUAAUCAAGGUACAGGGAGUUGACGAUGGUAAAACCAAAGUUCAAGUUGGAACUCCGUUUCCUUUGUACAUGAAAGCAAUAACUGUUAUCAACAACAAGCACAGAUACGAGAAUAAAAGCACCAUGAGUGAUGAAAUAUCUUUAAAAACUCAUUUAGCUAUACGGGACAUGUACAAAGAGCCGAAUAUUUUCGCGCUGUUAGUACAUUCGUUGUGUCCCUCUAUAUAUGGGCACGAGAUGGUAAAAGCUGGUCUGAUAUUGAGCUUAUUCGGAGGCAAUGCGAAACACGCACAAUUACGAAACGAUAUACACAUUCUGCUGGUCGGAGAUCCGGGUCUUGGCAAAUCGCAGAUGUUGCAAGCGUGCGCGCGAAUAUGUACAAAAGGUGUGUAUGUUUGCGGCAAUUCGAGCACGUCUUCCGGAUUGACGGUGACUCUUACAAAAGAAUCGGGAUCGAACGACUUCGCCUUAGAACCUGGCGCUUUGGUCUUAGCGGAUCAAGGUUGCUGUUGCAUCGAUGAGUUCGACAAAAUGGAGACUCAGCACCAGGCGUUAUUGGAAUCGAUGGAGCAACAAAGUGUGACUGUUGCGAAGUCAGGUGUGAUGUGUUCCCUUCCCGCGCGAACAUCGAUCCUCGCGGCGGCUAAUCCCGUGGGAGGGCAAUACGACAAGAGCAAAACGAUGACUGAAAAUUUGAACAUCAGUCAACCGAUUCUCUCGCGGUUUGAUUUGAUCUUUUUAUUAUUGGAUGAGCCAGACAUAAAUUUCGAUAAUCAAUUGUGCAAACACAUCAUGACCGUUUACACUAAUACGCAAGAGAAUUCCGACGGGGAUGCAAUAGAGUCCUCUCCGGGCGAUGAAUCUUCCUUGAGAAAGAGACUCAAGUUACCACUGUCAACUAAAAUUAUUCCUCAAUCGAUUCUUCGAGCCUACAUUUCUUACGCGCGACAGUACGUAAAGCCAAAGUUAUCUGCCAGAGCUGCUGCGGUGUUACAAGAAUAUUAUCUGGAACUCCGAUCGAGAAGUAGCAGCGUACCGGUGUUUAACAGACAGUUGGAAGCGAUGAUUCGAUUGACCGAAGCUAGAGCAAAGCUGGAAUUACGUGUCGAAGCUACUGAAUCGGAUGCGUUGGACGUGAUAGAUAUAAUGCGAUACACAAUCACAGACACGUUGGAGGAUCGUAUAACAUCGGCAUUGAGUUCCGACGGUAAUAAAUUGACAACGAGAAAAAUUAAAAGAUUUGUAAAGGCAUUGGAAGACAAGGUAACCAAAGAUAAAGAACGAAUACUUUCGGUAAAUGACUUGAAGACGCUUGCGAUCGAGAUCGCAGGAAUUACGACAACCGAUUUUCCCGCUUUGAUAUCGAAAUUAAACGAAGAAGGUAUCUUGUUAAAACUCAGAAAAGAUGCGUACAAAUUCGUUCAUCCUACUGUAUAAUGUGAUGUAAUAGAAAGAGUGAGAAGAAAUGUGCAUUGCGCGUGCGUGUAAAUAUAUAUAUAUAUGAUUGUCGAAAAAUAAAACUUUGCAAUAUCUUUAAUACACAAAUUGUAUAAAAAAUAUAGUUUAUACGAUCCUUUUCAAAUGUUUGUCGACACAUGCGAUACACAGUUGCUAGGAAACUCGAUAGUUUCCACAAAUUGACAAUUAUGAUUCCAGCACGUUCCUUUAUCUAAAUUUACAAAUUUAUUUCAUUUUACACACGAUCUCAAAAUUUUACGUGCGCCGCGUUUAUUAGUUUCGUAAGAUAAAAGUAUAGAAAAUGUAGGGUAGUACACAAAAUCGGAAAACACACAAAGAAACGGUCUAAAUUAAAGAAAAAUUUCCGAUAAGUUUUAUAAAUCUCGCUUAGAAAAAAAUGUCUUGUGACGGUAAGAGUGAGAAUUGCCAGAGACGACGCGAGUUGCUCUCGCAAUUGAAAUGUCUGAUCAGCUCCAUGGAGAGAAAGAAACCGUGCGAAUGGGACGAACCGCCUCGCGCACCUGCGGUAUACAGUCCUGUAGAAUCGCUCUUGUGUUCUCCACCCUGCAGAAAAUCUGCGAGGGGAAAAUUGUUCGAUUUACGCGCAAGCAUGUUGUUAAAAUGCGAAUGCAUCAAAAGAAACGGUUUGCAAGACAGAUGUAUGAUGUGGGACUGCAUGGGCAGACCGGAAUGCAUGACUAAAUUGUAUCCAGUUUGCGAGCCGGCUCGUGCGGUUUUGUUGAAAUUGACCGAUUUGGGAGACGAAGAGACCGCUCUCAGGAAGUUCUACUGCGCGGAUCAGGCCAGAGAGGCGGCUCUGGCCGCGUAUUGCAGAUUGGUCUGCGACAAAAAUCGACGAGCACCAUUGUCCUGCGCCAAAAGUGUCGAUCGAAAACCCGUUUGCACCUUUUAUCCGACGUUACCCGCAAAAAGUAACGCGUGCGGCGAUACCUGGGACAGAGCGAAUAAUAACUUAUGGUGCAAGGGAACGUACAACUUCCAGCCGUCGUACCAAAACCAAAUCUGUCCACCGGUCUAUCCUUGUUACAUGUCACAGUCCUGCGGCGCACAACGUGAAUGUUCAUCCAGCAAACAGCCCGUUCCAAUAUGUUUGUCCGCCUGUCCGCCGAUGAAUUGCUUACCUUACGUACCUUGUAGUUCGGUGUCUUAAAUUGUAAGAUUUUAAUCGUAGUUAAAAAAAAAAAAAUCUCUGAUAUGUUUAUGCAUGUAUAUAUACUGCAAAAACGCACACACACAAACAAAAUUGUAAUUUUACGCUACGUCGAUGGUGUGUAAAAAUAAAACAUGAAUAAGUUUACGAACUAGUUAUAAGUUUGAAGAGUUUGUAUAAAUUCACUUAAACCAUGACGAAAAUGGUCUAGUUUAAACCGUAUUUUUUUUUUGCUACGCGAAUCGAGUAAAAUUUGUUUUUCAACGUAUAAUUCUGAUUGUUCGCACCAGUACCAAUGGUGCUUGAUAUCACUUUGACACGAUACGCCUGAAGAAGGCGUAUAUCGUACCG